AGAGACAAUAAUAUAAAAACCCCAAAUAGUUUGUAAAAAAUAUAAUAUAUUGUAGUUAUAUUUUUGGAUAACAUUUUGAUCGGAUGGGGUUCCUACACAAGCUGUGGGAUGAUACGGUGGCCGGACCGGCGCCGGAAAGUGGUCUUGGAAAAUUGAGAAAGCUUCAUUCUUUAUCCACCGUCCGAUCUCCUCUAUCCAGCAUUACCAAGGCGAAUAACAAUGUCUGUGGACUCAGGAAAUUGAAGAUGGAUCCCGGUCUUCUUCCGGAUUCUCCGACCGUGUCAAGCAUCAACCCGGGGACGCCUUUGACCCCGGGAACACCAUGUGAUAACUUUGGACCAUUCAGCGCCGAGAAAGUCCCUUCGGCCGGUGAAACCGAUGCCGCAAGUCUCACUUCUUAUGAAUGGAUUGUGAUCAACGCAUGCGCAUUGGACCGUUGAAAACGACGAGAAAGAGAGACAGUGCUACGGGUUUGUAUAUAAUAUUAUUAAUAACCUAAGCAUGUAAUUAUGUAAAUAACAAUAAAUUUGUACAUAAGUUUUUAUACAAAAUACAAUACUACGUA